AUGUUUAAUUUGGACGAUUUAUUGGCAGAAGAUGAAAAUGAUGUGAAUGAUGCAUCUAAUUUAGAGAUUGACGACAUUCUAAAUGAAAGUGAUAAUUCUAUCAAAGAAUUGGAUAUUGAAAAAGCAAAUUAAAUUUUAAGCGAGAAAAAACAAAAAUUAAAAGUGCAAACGAAAUGUGAAUAAAAAGAAUAUGAAGAAUUAAUAAAAAAAUACAUCGAGCAUGAUUUCGAAUAAUAAACAGAAGAGUUUAAAAUUGAAAUUUCUUCAUCCAAUGAGGAGGAAAUUGAACCACAAUCAUUAAUCGAUUAAAUUGACAAGUAAGAAAGAAUAAUUAAGGAAUCCUCUCUAUAGAAUGUAGAAUUGAUUAACAAUAAUAUUGAAAUAGAAAAUACAGAGAUUCACGAUUUAUAAUUAAUUUCGAAUCAAUUGAAGAAAUUAUCAGGUCAACCGUGUCUCAUUACUUUCUAAUUCAAUAUCUUAUCAAUAGGAACUUCAGUUGGUGAAAUACUGGUUUAUUCUGCAUCUAAUAAUGAUUUUAUUGUUCUGAAAUACAAUUCUAAAGUGAGUGCAAUUGAUAAUACUUAAGCAUUUUUAGUAGCUAGCUAUGAAGAUUGUGCAAUCAUUUUAUGGGAUCCCAACACCAAAGCUCAAUUAAAAAAUAUUAAACAUUAAGAACCUCUCUUAUCGUUGAAGUUCUUUAAUGAAACUUAGUUCAUAAUUUCUGACUAUUUGGGACAAACAUCCAUGUGUAAAAUAACCAAAAUGUUAUGGUCAUAUUAAGUUGAGAUAGACAAACUAUUGCCAAGACAAAUCCAUCCAUUCUAUCAAAUUUCUAUUUGGAAACAAGAAUAUAUAUCGUUUUCAUGUUUAGAGUAAGUCAUAGUUAUGAAAAUUGAUUAGUAAACAUAAAUUAUUAAGCGAAUCAAGAGAUAAGUAGAUGGUUACACAUACCCUUGUACAAGUUGGGGAUAAUUUACCAAUACUGAAGAAUAUACCGAAAUGAUUGAGAUUGCAUUAGCAGUUUCUUGGGGUACACAUAUAGAAAUAUAUGUUGUUGAAAAAUAAUAGUUGAUUUAAAAAUAUUCCUUUAUUUUAAACACUAUAAUUUCCUGUAAUUGGCUAUCAAGGGAUAUGCUAUUAGUAUUUACAAGAGAAUUUUAAAUUGUUACUUUAAAUGCAUAGUUUUUUAAUAAGGAUAUAAUUACUGAAGAGUCUAGAAAUACUUUAAGGAAAUAAAUGAACUAUUUAUCCAAUAAAACUGAAAAAGCUAUUUAAUCAAUGACACCUUUGGGGGAUGUAAUUAACUUUCCUUUGUAAAUAAAUAAUGGUUAAUAAAUGGUAUCUGUGUAUAUGAAUUGCAUAUCUGUUAAUGCUAGAUUCGUCUAUCUUUUAACACUCCCAAUAAUCAAAAGAGUUAAACUACUGAUCUGGUCAGAUUAUUUAAAAGUAAUGAUAGAAAAAGCAGAAACAAAAUAAAAUUGGUAUGAUAUUUUAUCUUUCGGAAUCAAACUGUAUUGGAAUCAAAUCCAUUGUUUUGCCAUCCCUCAAACUAGUUAUGAUUAAAGAGUUGUAUUUUCGGAUAUUUCAAAAGACAUAUGCAGUACAUUUAUCAAUCUAGUGGGACAAAGUAUUGAAUCCUAAAAGGUCUCAGAGUAAUUGAAAUAUGAAUAAUGGACUUAAACCAUAUAUUCGGCUAUUUAAUAUUGUAUACAUUGCAAUCAAUAGUAAUAUCUCUUCACAGGUUUGAAGACUCUCUUAAUAAAGUUUCAUCGUUAUACAUAAUUGUUAGCAUCAUUAGAGGAAUUUAUUUUAAACAAAUAGAUUAAAUAGAUUCCUACAGAUUUGCUUCUUUAGAUAUCUACUCACUACAAGGUGUUAAAUAAAUCAGAUAUUGUAGAAUAAUUGAUAUUGUCAUUAGAUCCAAAAUGUUUGGAUAUGACAACCAUUUUUUAAAUUUGCCAAGAAAAUGAUUUGUAUACUCCAUUAAUGGUAGUAUGUCCUCGUAUUGAUCAUGAUUAUAUUACACCGUUAUAAAAGAUGUACUCCAACUUUUUGAAAACCCAAAAUUAAAAUAUGUUAUUAAAAUCGUUGUGGUUUAUAAAAUUGACUUUUCAAUAGAUUUUAUUCCCAAAUGAAAAGAUUCCUUAAGAUAGAUUUCAACAUGCUUUUGGAUAAGUUAUUAUGUGGUUGUUAAUUGAUGAUAUUUUAAGGAACUUUGGAAUUUAUCUGCCAAAGGAACUUUUCGAAAUUCUAAAAUUUGCUAUGAAUUAUGCUUCUUUAUUCAACUCAGAAUAAUUACAAAAGUAUUUUAAUAAUCAGAAACCAAUUUUGGUGGCUUUUAUACAUAAAAUUUAUAAAAGCUUGUCUUAAUCAAUAGUCACUCAUGAGGCAUUAGGAAUUGAAUUUAGUAAAUUCAUAGGUUCAAUAAAAGGAUUGGUUCUUGAUGAAGAAGUAUACAUAAAGUCAUUAAAACAUCUAGUAUCUGAUAGAAAGAAUUUCUAAUUAAUAUUAAACAUUUUGGAAUAAAUUGAGUUGAAACCGCUUUUAAAGAAUGAACUUUUUGAAUAAUCAAAUGAUAACUACAUUAAAUCUCUUUUUGCCUCAGAUAUCUAUAAGCAAAUAGAUCUUUGUUUGAUAAAUGUAAACAAAAAGUUUUUCUCUCUUUGGUUGUAAAGAUAGCUCAAUUAAAAGAGAGAAUAAACUUUGAAGGUUUUAGAGUUAUACUUUGAUACCCUACUGGAAAAUCAUUAAACUUUACAGAUCUUAAAGUAGAUAGUUCCAACAUUAACAUCUUAAGAACAGUAUAAGUUGAUGAAAAGAGAAUUAAUUACUAAUGGAUAUAUGGAAUUAUUUCAAUCUUUAGGUCCUUCGAAUAAAGAUUUACGAGCUUUGUUUAUUAGAGCUAGUUGCAUUCAUACACCUCAUCAUGUAUUGGAUAAGAUUCAUCAUUUUGCUUUAGAUGACUUAGAAUCAAUAUUUAUUGAAACUAAACAUAAAGAAGGAUUAGGAUACAUAUAUGCACGAGUUGGUAAAUUCAAUAUUGCUAUGAGAUUUUUUGUUUAAAAUUUGCUUGAUUAUUUACAAGAAUGUUUUACAUAGUAAUCCUUUUCAAAUGAGAUUUUAAACUUAAAAUUCGAUUUAUUGUUUUAGACUUGCAAAGACAAUUUAUCUCAUAAUGAUCAAAAUCUAUUCUUUGAGUUGGGUCAUCAACUUUUUAAUUCAGAAACUCACUCUCAGAUUUGGGUCUUCUCUGAAUAAAUAAAUUAAAACAAUUAUUAAAAUAUGAUACCAAUUUUAUAGGUCAUCAAUGCAAGGCUGUGCGAAUAUUACAAUUUUUUGAGUAUUGAAGAAUUGAUUAAUUUGAUGGAGGAACAAAUGGAUAUCUUCAGAAUGGUGUGGAUAAAAUGGAGUUUCAAGAACUUGAUUUAUGAUUAAAGAGUGCAGUAUAGAAUUUGGUACAAAAGCUAUUUUAUUGAAUUGUAAACCUAUUUAGGAUUCAAGUUUUAAAUAUUUCAUUAAGAUGCCAGUAGUCCCGAAAUCCAGAAUAUAUGUAGUAAUUGUAACGAAUUUAUUACAAAUGAAUAACAAUAACAUGUGUUAAUUAGAAAGUGUUCUCAUUCAACACAUCAGAGUUGUUUAUAAUAGCCAUUCUGUCAUAUUUGCAAUCCAAAAGUCAAAAUGCAAUUAGAGAGUGUGUUAGCAAAUAGGACUGCAAGUGAUGGAGUUGAUAUGAAGAGAAGAUAAAUUUUGAUUAAAGAAAAUGAAAUCAUGAAAAAUCAUCGCAAAUUAGAAGAACAAAUGGAUGAUUUGUAAUUAACAGCAGAGGAUAUUCGAAUUCAUGAGGAAAAUCGAAUAAUCCGUAAUUUAGAACUUUUUGAUAAAUUUUUUAAUUUAUGA